CUUUCGGCGGCAGGACCCUCAGCCCGCCUCCCGCGCUCUCCACCUGCUCGCGCCCCCACCCGCCUCGGCUGUGCGCACGCGCGGGGCCCACCAGCGCGCGGGGGAGCCCGCCAGGCGCAUGCGCGCUGCGGGGACCGCGGUCGCUCCGCUGUCGCCGCUGCCGCCGUCGCUGCCGUUGCCGCCUUCCUGCCGGCAAGUGUGGGAAAGAGGAGCCGAGCGCCGCUGCCGCCGUUGCCGCCAUGGGGAGGAAGUCGAGCAAAGCAAAGGAGAAGAAGCAGAAGCGGUUGGAGGAGCGAGCAGCCAUGGAUGCCGUCUGUGCCAAAGUGGAUGCAGCCAACAGGCUCGGCGACCCUUUGGAGGCUUUCCCCGUGUUCAAGAAAUACGAUCGAAACGGCCUUAACGUCUCCAUUGAGUGUAAGCGAGUGUCUGGACUGGAGGCGGCCACAGUGGACUGGGCCUUCGACCUGACCAAAACUAACAUGCAGACCAUGUAUGAGCAGAGUGAGUGGGGCUGGAAGGACCGAGAAAAGCGGGAGGAAAUGACAGAUGACCGAGCCUGGUACCUCAUUGCUUGGGAAAACAGUUCCGUGCCCGUUGCCUUUUCCCACUUCCGGUUCGACGUGGAGUGUGGGGACGAAGUCCUGUACUGCUACGAAGUGCAGUUGGAAAGCAAGGUGCGGCGGAAAGGCCUGGGGAAGUUCCUCAUCCAGAUUCUGCAGCUCAUGGCCAACAGCACACAGAUGAAGAAGGUGAUGUUAACAGUAUUUAAGCACAAUCAUGGCGCCUACCAGUUCUUCAGAGAAGCGCUGCAGUUUGAAGUCGAUGACUCUUCCCCCAGCAUGUCUGGCUGCUGCGGGGAGGACUGCUCCUACGAGAUCCUGAGCCGGAGGACCAAGUUUGGGGACAGUCAGCAUUCCCAUGCUGGUGGGCACUGUGGUGGCUGCUGCCACUGAACUCUCAACCAGAACGCCCUCUCCAAGGUCUACCCUCUCCUGGUCUCAUGCCACCUGCAAGGUGCCCUCAGAGCUGUGGCCUCCGCAGCCCUGCACGUGCCAGGCUGUGCCCUGAGAGCACAGUGCCCCUCCUCCUCUCCUAGAAGAGCAGAGUGCCAGGAGGGAGCCAGAGGAGAGGAUGCUGAGGGAAGAAGAAGCUGGUGAAGGCUGGAGGCUGGGCGUGAAGUCAUCCUGGCAUGGAGGCUGCCUUCUCACUCCGCUCUUGCGCCCUUGAGCGUAAGAUUCCCCGACUCCUCUGUAGCUGGACUUCUGACACUGCGCCCCUCCCCCCCCCCCCCCCACACACACGUGAACAAACGGAGUGUUUGUGCCCACCUAACGAAAGUCCUGGCGCCCUGGUCAGGGUCUGGCUGGUCCUCAAAUGGACUUGGUGGGAGGUCUGGGCACAGCAAGGCUUCAGACACCGGCUUCGCGGGCGGGAUGCUCUGAUGGCGUCCGGGGAAGGUCUGUGCUCUGUGGACCCAGUUAGAGGGGUGUCCCGGGACCAGCAGCUCUGGGAAGGAGGCUGCUCCCUCUCCAUCCCUGUCGGGCUGAGGAGGCCAGGAGCACGGAGGAGGGGCCCCAUUGCUCCUUCGGGCUUUUGGACUGUGCUGCGUUCUAAGCUUAACCUCAUCUAUGGCAUGACUCGUUUAAAUCCUAGCAAAAAGCCGGAGGCCUGCCUGACUGCUCUAUCGCCCUCACACACUCCCCUGCCUCUCAUCCACCCGAUACCUCUCUUACUAAGGGGGGAAUAACAUCAGGGAGCCCCUCGUCUCCCCCCAGAGGACCUCUCGUCCUGGCAUCGCUAAUGCCUUCCUCUCAGAUUGUGGUGCUGAUAGCUCUCUGCCGGGGGUCCCCCUCUCCAGCAGCAGGCCCCCCGCCUGCGCCCCCAGCCUCGCCCUCGCUGCCUCCGUGAGGCACCAGUGCCCCGCCCUGGCCGGCAGCGCGGGCUGCAGCAGGACCGCGGGGUGGCCACAGCGGCUCCUCCCGGGGCACCUGGGGCCGCGGCUGGCACAGGAGGGAAGGCCUUCCUCUUCUCAGGAUAGAGGCUGUGGGGUUAGAGCUGCCACUUGCCCUACUCCCCAGGCCUCGUUCUCCCUCCAGGGGAAACGACCAAAUCCUUACCCAGGAACAAGCGCCUACGCCUCCACUUGGACGUCCUGGACCCUGCGUUAGGGGUGUCUAAAGUUCUAGCCUUCGUGAAGCUGCUGCCCUGGAGGCCCGCGGGUCCUCCCAACCUGUCUGCUCACAGCCCGCGGCCUGGCUCGGCCUCUGCUGACGGCCUCCCUGGAGCUGUGCUUGCUUCUCCCCCAGAUCCCCGCCGAGCACUCCUCGUUGCUCUUGACCCCCCAGCUGUGAGCGGGCCCUAACCCCUUGGAGAGGGGCCUGCAGCUUUACACUGGAAUACGCCCCGUGUCCUCGCCUGCUGGCUCCAGGGGGUUACCCAAGGGGCGGAGUUCCCGUUUCUGGGAGGUUGAUGAUGGGCUUCCAAGAAUCCUGGAGGGACAGAAGCAUGUUUAGGAAGAGUGUUUCCUGAUUCCUGUCUCUCCAAGACAGAAUGGUAACUAUUUAUUGUCUUAGAUCAUGGAUUUCUGAUACCUCCCUCUCAAGGGGACCAAAGGAACCCCAGAGUAAAUCCCACCGAAGGUGAGUUCAGUGUAUGUUGUCUCUCCAGUCGCUGAGUCCAUUUGGUGCCACGCCCUGGGGCUGCUGGGAGGGGGCUGGGCUGUGAGGCGCUGCCUGAGCCAACCCUCAGUCCCCCCUGACCCAGGCCAUGGUGAUGAGAAACAGCAGGCCUUUACCAGGCUUUUUGUUUAUUGUUUGGGGCACAUUAAACUGUUUUUUAAGAUUUUUAUUUUAGUUGUAUUCACUUCAGGUUAUUUUUGUUGAUGUCAAAUGUGUAUAUGAUGAGUAUGGUUUUUAACCCUUCCUGGGUCUUUUAGAGGAAACUUUGAAGGAUAUAUUUUUUCUUUAGCAACUUGUUAUCACUGGAAUGAAAGGGGAAAGUGAUCUUUUUGCAUUGUAUUUGUAUGUCACAAAUAAAGACACUGUG